AUGGGCUUCGGCACCUUUGACUGGAUCUGCGAGAAGUCCGCUCUCCCUCUAUGCUACCUCUUGGGCACUCCUGCCGACUUCACAUCGAUACACAAUCCCGUGUUGCUGCCAGCAUGCUCCGCCCGGUCCAUCGAGCUGGGAAAUACAAUCAUUUUCCAAGCGGCCACGGAUUUCGCCCAUAUCGCCGCCUUAGGCAUGACGGCCAUCAUGAUCUUCCAUGUCCGUUCGAAAUUUACGGCUGUUGGACGACAAGAGAUCUUGACCUUCUUUUACAUCUACACCCUAUUGACCAUCAUCAGCCUGGUAUUGGAUGCCGGUGUCAUACAAGCGACAAACCAGAGUGCAUUCCCUUGGUUCGUGGCGGUGCAGAAUGGCCUUGCAAGCGCAUUAUGCACAAGCCUCCUGAUCAACGGUUUCGUUGGGUUCCAGCUCUAUGAAGAUGGCACGACCCUUUCUGUGUGGCUACUGCGGCUCGGCAGCCUGAUCAUGUUCAUCAUCAGCUUUGCCGUCAGUCUACUCACGUUCAAAGGGUGGGCAGGUUUGUCGCCAACCAAUACCACGGGCCUGUUCGUCGUCUUGUACAUCAUCAACGCCGUUUUCCUGGUGGUGUAUUUUAUCAUGCAAGUCAUGCUAGUGCUAAACACUCUGCAAGACAGGUGGCCGUUGGGAGAUCUUGCCUUUGGUGCUUUUUUCUUCAUCAUCGGCCAGGUCAUCGUGUAUGUUUUUGGGAAGCAGAUAUGUGAGGGUGUCAGCCAUUAUCUUGACGCCUUGUUUUUUGCAACUGUCUGCAAUUUACUGGCGGUUAUGAUGGUAUACAAAUAUUGGGACAGUAUCACAAAAGAAGAUCUCGAGUUCAGCGUCGGAACCAAACAGGGUCACUGGGAUGUCAAAGAGACUCUGAUGGAACCAAGCGAGGACUAUCGAACCAGUAUUUAUGGAGGCCUCGGCGGUCGAGAAAGCGUCUACGACAUGGGGAACAUGGACUACCAACCUCAAGCCCACGGUGGUCGAGACCGUGCAUCUGCGUACGGCAACCUACUCGAAGGUAGACAAAGCUACGGGGAUAUCAGGCGGCAAUUGGGCAAUUAUGAGGACUAUGACUCUCAACAAUCCGGGUUGAGGAAUCGUGAUAGAGAUUAUGCCUAUUGA